CCCUCGCGGAGCCACCGACCGCCUGGGACCUGGGAGAGGGUGAUACCCCAUGAACGCUAGUCUCCGGGCAGGUACACUCCGCCGCGAUGAGGCUCCGUUUGGCCGGAGCCGUGCUGCUGUCGGCGGCCGCCUACUACGUCUACCUGCCGCUGCCGAGCGGCGUGAGCGAGCCGUGGAAGCUCAUGCUGCUGGACGCGCUGUUCCGGAGCUUCAUGCAGGCGAGUGACGUGGCUCACGCGCUUGGUGUGUGCCAUCGCGUCCACCUGUUGAGCCAGGUGGUGUCCUGGGUGGAGGUGAUCGAGGCCCGCUCCUGCCCCGCCGUGCGCGUCACCGACUCCACGCUGGGCGGCGUGUCCACCAGAGUCUUCGAGCCGAAGGGCGGGAAGAGGCUGAAAAGAGGGGUCAUAUACUUCCACGGCGGAGGGUGGGCCCUCGGCAGCGGCCGAAUGCGAUCUUACGACCUCCUUUGCCGGAAAAUGGCGGAGGAUCUGGACGCUGUCGUAAUGUCUGUUGAUUACCGUCUCGCUCCGGAGGCGGUGUUCCCGGAUCAGUACCAAGAUGCGCUGGCGGCGUCGCGGGCCUUCCUGUCUGCUCAGGUUUUAGGGCGCUACGGCAUCGAUCCGGAGAGGGUGUGCGUGUCCGGAGACAGCGCCGGGGGAAACCUGGCCGCUGCCGUGGCGCAGCAGCUCAGCUCAGAUGAGAGUCUGACCGUGAAGUUCAAGGCCCAGGCGUUGAUCUACCCGGUGCUGCAGGCUCUCGACUUCUACACCCCGUCCUACCAGCAGAACCAGGCCAUGCCGAUCCUCUACAGGCCUGUCAUGGCUCGUUUCUGGCUGCAGUACCUGGGCGCCGACUCCUCCCUGGAGCCCCUGCUGCUGGCUAACAACCACAGCUCCCUGGACCAGCCGGCCAUCAGCGCCCACACCCGCUCCAAACUGGACUGGACCGCUCUUCUCCCAGGUGAGCGCAGGAAGCACUUCCGGCAGGUUAUUAAAGAGACGGGAUCGCCGGGGGUGGUGGGUGAGGUGCCGGCGCUGACGGAUGUGAGGGCGGCGCCGCUUCUGGCGGAGCAGGGGGUUCUGGGUAGGACGCCUAAAGCAUACGUGAUGACCUGUGAGUUUGACGUGCUGAGGGAUGACGGGCUCAUGUAUGCAAAGCGCCUGCAGGACGCCGGCGUCACGGUGACCAGCGAUCACUAUGAGGACGGUUUUCACGGCUGCAUGGUGUUUGCGUUCCUGCCGAUGAUGUCUAGUGUUGGACAGAGGAGCAUGCACAACUACAUCCACUGGCUGGACCAGAAUGUGUAGACAGGCAGGCUGCUCUAGAACCUUGUGAACCGGGAUCC